CAAACAAAGCCCUUUCGGGUUAAUUCCACAUAAAACGCGUUUAAUCUAGUGAGUUUUGCUAAAGGAGAAGGGCUUGUAUUGAGGCAAGAUGGGAAGACUAUUUGGUUUGGGCAUUGGGAUUGUUUUGGGUUUUCUAGGGUUUGUUGUUGUCUCAAUUCAAGCUCAACUUGAGAUGGGUUAUUAUUCAAAGAGCUGCCCAGAAGCUGAAAGUAUUGUGAGAGACUUUGUCGAAGAUCACAUCCGCAAUGCUCCUUCUUUAGCAGCCGCUCUACUGAGGAUGCACUUUCACGAUUGCUUCGUUAGGGGUUGUGAUGCUUCGCUGCUUUUGAACUCUACUUCAAGCAACCAAGCAGAGAAAGAUUCUCCUCCAAAUUUCACCGUGAGAGGCUUUGACUUCAUCGAUCAAGUGAAGAGCCUUGUUGAAGCUGAAUGCCCCGGAAUCAUCUCUUGUGCAGACAUCAUAGCUUUGGUCGCAAGAGAUGCAAUUGUGGCCGCCGGAGGUCCAUUUUGGAGAGUUCCCACAGGUAGAAGAGAUGGAGUUAUUUCAAGGGCAUCAGAAGCACUGAGCAACAUCCCUCCUCCAACCAGCAAUCUCACCGCUCUCCAAACAUUUUUUGCCAAUCAAGGACUUGAUUCAAAAGACUUAGUUUUAUUGACCGGAGCUCACACGAUUGGUGUAUCUCACUGCUCGUCUUUCCGCAACCGGCUAUACAACUUCUCCGGCGUCGGGGAUCAAGACCCGUCCCUGGACAGCGAGUAUGCAGCGAAUCUCAAGGCCAAGAAGUGCAGGAGCCCAAGUGACGACACCAUUGUGGAGAUGGACCCGGGCAGCCACAGAACCUUUGACCUCAGCUAUUACAGACUUGUGCUCGAGAGGAGAGGCCUCUUACAAUCGGAUUCUGCUCUCACCACCAGUCCUGCUACCGAGCUCUUCGUCACACAAGUCCUCCAAGGGUCACUUGACAACUUUUAUGCUCAAUUUGCCUUGGCAAUGGAGAAGAUGGGCCGGAUCGACGGGAAGACCGGGUCCGCGGGCGAGAUAAGGAAGCAUUGUGCGCGGGUGAAUAGCUAAAACAAAAGGGAAUAACCUUUGCUCUUUCUUUUCUUCAAUAUAUUGCAUGUUUUUGGCGGAAUGUCAUCAAUAUUUAUGGGUGAUGAACCGAUAGUGGUUGCAUAGGAAUAACAAAGAGUAAAAUUCACAGCAAGGGCACUUCUACUAUGGUGACAUCAAGCUUGCCCGAAAGGAAGCAUGCCUCGGCGCAAUGUGAGCAUGACUAGCAAAUAUACCAACAACAUACCUCA